CAAUACAAGCAAAGUUUGCCUUUUCUAGUUUAAAUUUAGCAAUGUGCCAAUCUGUCACAAGAACCCCUUUUCCUUUCUUUACUACUUUGCUUUGGUCCCAAAUCUUCCCUCCUUUUCCACUUAAAAUCCCAUACACACUUCUCUAACCCCAUCCCAUCAUCAUGACACCUAAAAUCUUUUCCUAAUUCAAAGAAAUAUUGUUUUUAUUAGCAUUGCUUUUCUGGGUAAAUCAAAACUUGAUUCUUUAGUUAGUUCUUGUAUUGUAGCACCAGUAUUCAAUGCUCUUCACUCCCUUAUGGUUUCUUGAUUAAUUGCACUGCAAUUGGCUCCACCAGACUCUUUCUGUGAUCUCAUUUCCUCCCCUCUGCCCUGUGGGGGUUUCUGAAUCUGCUAUAAAUUAAAUUACAUUCAAUGAUGUUUGUGUCAAUGUCUGAGUGAAGUAUUAUUCUCCCUUUUAUGUGUAGCUUGGAUCACUAUUGCCUCUUUUAUGCCCCCCCACAAACACCUCUUCUGAAUUGUGGUUCAUGGAGGUCACCACCACCAGUAGUGAAGUUCAGUCAAAGAUGGAAGAUUAUCAAGUGUUGGAGCAGAUUGGUAGGGGUGCUUUUGGAGCUGCAUUUCUUGUUCAUCACAAGCCUGAGAAAAAAAAGUAUGUGCUGAAGAAAAUUCGCCUAACGAAACAGACAGAGAAGUUCAAGAUCACAGCACACCAGGAGAUGAAUUUGAUAGCAAAGCUGGAUAACCCUUACAUUGUGGGAUACAAGGAUGGGUGGGUGGAAAAGGAAUCCUUUGUGUGCAUUGUCACAAGUUACUGUGAAGGGGGUGACAUGGCUGAGAUGAUUAGGAAAGCAAGAGGAAUGUUUUUCUCAGAAGAGAGACUUUGCAAAUGGCUGGCUCAGUUGCUGCUAGCCCUCGACUACCUUCACUCAAAUCGCGUUCUUCACCGGGAUCUUAAGUGUUCCAACAUUUUUCUCACCAAAGAUGAUGAAAUCAGACUAGGUGAUUUUGGACUGGCAAAGUUGCUCAACCAGGAUGAUCUUGCAUCUUCUAUUGUGGGAACUCCGAAUUACAUGUGCCCGGAGCUUCUAGCCGAUAUACCUUAUGGCUACAAAUCAGAUAUAUGGUCUCUAGGGUGUUGUAUGUUUGAGAUUGCUGCUCAUCAGCCAGCGUUUCGAGCUCCGGAUAUGAUUGGACUAAUCAACAAGAUCAACAGAUCCACCAUUUCUCCACUCCCCACUGUAUACUCCUCAGCACUGAAGCGUUUGAUCAAAAGCAUGCUAAGGAAGAGCCCGGAACACAGACCCACGGCUGCAGAGCUCUUAAGGCACCCACAUUUGCAGCCAUAUCUGGCGCAGUGCCGCAAUCUGCCUCCUGCGUUCGUUCCAUUAAACCCCGAGAGCUCAAAGGCGAAACUGCCGCCUCUCAAACCUAACACCCACAAAACUGUGAAGGAAAGACAGGUAAAAGCCCUUGCAGAAAGAGUUCCCAUUGUCACUGCUAAUAAGAAGGUUGGUGAGCUGAAAAGGAUUGCAGAAAGAAGAAGUUCUUCCCCGAAUCCCAGGAUCCAACGUUUUAAUCCCGAACAUAACAAGGAAUCUGGUAAACAAAUCUCCAAGAAGACGGAUGAAAACUCGAGAAUUGACAGUAAACCAGGUGGGAAAAAUGGAAGCAUGAAUUCCAGAAGCUCAACAACAAGUACAGUGACUGAUCAUCAACCCGAAGCAGACGGAGAACUACAAGAGAAGAACUCCAAGCAAGUAGAAACCAAGAAAAUGGAAAAGCUUAAACCCGGGAUUCCAACUCCAAAAGAACCAGAAAAACAAGAGGCUCAUCAUAAGAGGACAGUAAGCGACAUUUCAGUAACGAGUACUCUGAAUUUUCUUCAGGGGAAUAACAUCAGAAUAAAAUGGAGUAACUUGAGCAAUGAAAGAGCAGAAGCUCUGGAAUCGCUUCUUGAACUGUGUGCAGACCUUCUUAAGCGUGAAAAGCUGGAGGAACUUGCAGGGGUGUUGAAACCAUUCGGGGAAGAUGCUGUUUCUUCCAGAGAAACAGCCAUUUGGUUGACAAAGGGAUUAAUGAAUCUUCAGAAAGAUGGCGAGGGGGAAGAUUGAAUUGAAAGGCUUUUUAAGCUAAGAUUUGUGCAGUUCGAUCUGUGUAUACUAUGAGCGCUGCUUGUGCUAGUAACUUAUUUUAAUUCUUGUAAAUAACAUUGCCUGCAUAAUCAGCGUUUUAAACCCCCACUGCUAUGUUG